AUGAAUCCUUCCUUUCCAGACGCCCAGCUCGGGAUCACCCGAAUUGUGAUCCUCUUCAUCCUGAUCCAGGCUUUCCUAGCCGCUGGGAAGCUCCUCAUGCAUGCACAGGACGAUGAUUUUCCUCUCACCAAUGCCGCCAGCAACAAGCUCCAUGCCAGGUUCUUAUCUCUCAUUACUGCCAUCCCUCCCAAGCUCACUUACGAUGGAGCCACGGAUCUAUACUUCCGGGGCCAGGUCAUUGCUGACACCUUGUUCCUCCUGGAAUCCAAUUUCUCGCUGGUUCUCAACCUCUGCUUUUACAACGUCGAGUACUGCGGCCCAAACUUUAGCCCCGACUUUGGUGGCACUGGCAGCAAGCUUCGCGCUGGAUUCACGGCUCUCUUACCGGAUCUCCGAGGUCUCAUGAACUUGAGCUAUGGAGCGGCCUAUGUCGCCCAAGGACAGUUCCAAGCCGGAUACUACAUCAAGGGCAUGAACUUGAGAGGAUCUAAUGGAUCGUGCUCGUCUCUCCGGGUGGAAAAUUCCACGGAUCAUAUUGGCUACUGCUACGACUACGAAGACACGCGACUGAGUUACAGUGCUUUCGACAGGCUCUACCCGGGUUACCGGAUUCAAUCUGCUAAAAAGCCCGAGUACGUGCUGGAGAUGCGAGAGGACUGCAACGCUGUGUUUAGCGACACCACUACCAAAGAGGUUUUGUGGCAGUCGAAAACGAAGGGAAGCGGAAGGGACUGCGAGCUUGUUCUUGAAAAGACGGCGACGCUAGCUGUGUAUGAUCGAAACGGGACUGUCUUGGCGAGGUUUGGGACGAACAACUCCACGAAUGCGUCCUUGUUUGCGGUCCAGGGAGAUAGAAACAUGGUGAUCUAUGCCAUCAGCAACAUGAAGACUCCAAUGGCGGUGUGGAGCUCACACACUUUCCAAGAUCCAUCUUCUCCGAAUGGAUCGACGCCGCAGCCAAAUGGUACCAGCUCUGUUUCGCAGCCUUCGUUGAGCUCCAAGUCGAGGCGAGGGAUUCGAACGAUUGCAGUCUCUUUAGGAGCGUCUCUCGUUGGAGUGGCACUGGUGAUUUUGUGUGUUGUGCUGAUUUUGCGAAAGAAAAGAAAUCGUAAAGCUAGCAGGGAAGCGUUGAGCUGGCUACCACCCGAUUCAAAGGCCAGGAAAUACUCGUACAAAGAGCUCCAAGAGGCUACCAAAGGAUUUCACAAGGACAACUUAGUAGGCAGAGGCGGAUUUGCGAGUGUAUACAAGGGAGUUAUAGACAAUCACUUUGUUGCCGUCAAAUACUUGACUAGCUCCGACUUAUCAGACAAGGCAAGGCGGGAUUUCGAGAACGAGGUGUCUACGAUUUGCCUCCUCCAGCACAAGAAUGUUGUCAAGCUUUUUGGUUUCUGCUCUGAGAAAGAGCACAAGCUCACCGUCUGCGAGUUCAUCGAGAAUGGAAACCUAUCGGACGCUUUGUUUAGGUCUCCAGACAAAGGUUUGGAGCUAAAUUGGACAGCCAGAUACAACAUCUGUGUGGGAGUUGCGCAAGGUCUGGCAUACUUGCACGGAGAAACAUCACAGGCAACCAUCGUGCACAGAGACAUCAAAGCCCUCAGCAUCCUUCUAGCAAGCAAUCUUGAGGCAAAGAUCUCGGACUUCGGCCUGGCAAGACUGAUCCAGGAAGAUCGGAGUUAUAUCAACACACGAGCCACAGGAACAGUUGGCUAUCUAGCUCCAGAGUACGCUCUCUCCGGCCAGCUCACCGAGAAGGCCGAUGUCUACUCGUUUGAGAUCCUUGUCCUGGAGAUCUUGAGUGGAAGGAUAAGCAUGGAUUUCACACUCUCGGAUGGCGAUUCCUUCCUUCUCGAACGGGCAUGGAAUGUCUUCCAGAGCGGCCACCUCCUGGAGAUGAUUGACAAGCGACUGGAUGUGGGCGACGAGCGAGAUAUUCACAAGAUGGAGCGCGUGUUCUUGGUGGCUCUCCACUGCACGCAAGCCAGCGGCAGCAGGCGUUCAUCUAUGUUUAGAGUGGUGGGAAUGCUCAUGGGAGACAUGGAAAUCGGUGGCACCAUCUCCAGGCCUGGCUUCCUCUUUGAUCUGAGGCAAAACCUCGAGCAGUCCAAAUCUUUGACCAAAACUUGA